AUGAGCGAGAAGAUCAGUGGAGAUCAGCUGCAGGAGCUGUACGCCUGGAUAGACCAGAUCCCUCUGAGCCGCCCGAAGAAGAACAUCACCCGGGACUUCAGUGAUGGAGUUUUGGUUGCAGAAGUUACAAAACAUUUUAUUCCCAAGAUUGUUGAAAUACACAACUACAUUCCUGCAAGCUCAACCCAACAGAAACUAUGCAACUGGACAACUUUAAAUCGCAAAGUAUUUCCCAAGCUGAAUGUCCACAUUCCAGAUGACAUCAUCCGUAGGUUGAUUGCCAAUACACCAGGAGUUAUUGAGCCAAUUCUAUAUACUCUGCGACAGAAGAUCAAUGAAAGACUGCAAGAUAAGAACCAGAGAGAGAACAAUGAACACCAAGUA